AUGGCCAGAGGGGCCCUGACUGUGCCCGAGGCUCUGACCUUAUCUCACCAGGCCCUUUCACAGACCAGCACAGGCUUUACCGGCACAGGCUUUGAGCUCAUUAUAACCACACCCCUUGUCUUGUGUCUGCUUCACUUUCUUGGUUCCACGUCUGGUUUCUCAGGUCAGAGUUAUCCAUCUGGAAUUGGAAGAAUUGGGAGAAUUCUAUAUUCAGGGUCAUCAAAACCUGAGAGGAGGUUUGAGGCAAGGACAGAAUUCUUGGUUGAAAGGGAGAGAAUCAGGACCACAAAAGGUCAGAGCUGGGCUUUAGCAUCACCCGCUUGA